UCUUUCUUCGCUGCUGGCCCUUUUCUGUCUCCGCGACUGAUUGUGCGAGGGAGCUGUCCAUCACCCUUCAAGAGGGCGGGUCUUCGCCAGGCCAUGACAGCAGCAGGUAGUGGCAACGGUUUUGGCACCACAGCUUGGUGGGGAUUUUCUCCAGCACUUGACCUACAAGCCACAUGUCUGGAGACAUCUGUGGAAUGUGUGCAGCCAUCCCAGGAUGGUAUUCCUGAGCUGAACAUCCUGCUUGUGGGAUCAAUAGAUGGCCGUCACAUCCUCAAAACAAUGAGUCAAGUGCGCCGGUGGCCACGGAAAAAAAUCAAUUUCUAUGUGCUGGAGAACAAUCUGGAAACUGUGGGUCGGCAGCUGCUGUUUUUGAGUCUGGCUCUGGAGCCUUCAGAGAAGAUGGGGCUGCAAGAGAAGAGUGAGGCAUUUUUAGAGCUGAUGGGGAACACUCUGCUCCGGAGCCAAACUGCUUCCUAUUUGCAGGAGAAGGCAAGCCUCUUCAUCCGAUACAUCACAGACUCUGAUUUCCAGCAGACAGAUCUGCCCAUUGUAGACUUCUCUGCCCUCAAGUUCAGGGAGAGAGAUCAGUUGGAAGCCAUCUUCCAGUUCUGGAGGAAUCCCAAUCCACAGGCUUUCCAAAUUCAGCAGCUCUGGGAUCUGCGUGUCCGGCAGUACCUAGGCAACCGCUACGAUGCUCGCCGUGGGGUGUGUGACUGGGAUCUCACCAUGAAGCUUCAUGAACAUGGGGCCAAUGUAAUAAACACCCAUGAGUUUUUCCACUGGCGCAGCACAGGCAUAGCCUUUGAAAUGCGGGAAGCAGCUUAUGAUGUCCCCAACAAGACAUUGGCAUCUGGUCGUCUUCUUAGACAUAAAGGGGAGCCAAUGCCAGCCCGAGGAUACUGGGGAGACAUCGCCAGUGGCCCCUACAUCACCUUUGGAAUUGAGUCAGAAGAUCCAAGUCUGUUGAAAAUGACCAAUGGUAUCCCCAGUAAGAGUUCCCAGGAGAUAUCAUUGCACAAUAUCACUGCCAUGUUGUAUGAACUCCGUUAUAACAUUCACUAUGACCCAUCAGCAGCUUCUAAUGAGGAAGGGAGUGGUGACUGUAACAGGCUGAAUGCUUCCAAUGGGCCUCCUGCCACAGAAGAUGUUAAAAUCUACUUCCUGCCUCUCAACUGCCUCUCUGAGCUCCAUCACAAAGACAAAUACAGAGGACUCUUCCACCUCAUCUUCUUCUCUUGCAGUAUGGUCCACUUCUUACAGCCAAAUUUGAAUCUGAUAUCAGCCACGAAAGCAACUCUCAUUGUGGAACUGGCAAACUUCCUGCCCGACCUUCGCAAGGAACAGCUAUCGGAAUUCUCUUCCCGAGUAACCAACCUGGCAAAGGGGGCAGGAUUUGUGCCAGUCCAAACAACAGACAAAAAAGUAUUUUCCUUGUUCCAGCUUGGGGAUCAGGAGGUUGGAGAGAUCCAUAGUGAGAUGCCUCCACCUGAGAUGACAGCACCUGCACCUUGAAUUCAUCCUUUGUAUUCUUUUUAACAAUAUUGGUUUAAUUAAAAAUGCUAUUUCUGUAAAACACUA